AUGUCUGUAUUUGUACCUGCCAGUCGUUAUUUCCAGGGCAGCGUCGUCGUUGGAGAUAAAAUAUACUUUUUAGGUGGUAUAGGAAGUUCAGGAAAAGGCACUAGUGAUUUUUUCUAUUUGAAUGUUUCUUCACCAUUCAAUGCUGCAAAUCCUGUAUGGACUGAUCUUACAAGCGCUGCACCUAUACCUGUCUUUAGUGCUUUCUCACCUUCCUGUGUUGGUGGGAGUAACAAUGCUUCUAUUUUUUUGUUCGAACAUCGUAGUACAAAUAAUGUUAAUUCAACUACUCUAGUGACCUUUACUCUUGAUACAGCAUCUCCAAAAUGGACCACUUCAAUAACUUCAGAAAUUGACAUGACAAAAAUUACAAUUUAUGAUACGAAUUCUGGAACUUGGUCAUCAAUGACUGCAGCUGGCGACGUGAUUGCAGCUCGUGAAUCUCAUAGUGCCGUGCUUGGUGGUGCCAAAAAUCUUACUGUUGCUCCAACUCCGAAUUUAGCUGCAUUGGAUACGAGUACUACGCCUUACAGUUGGUCGUCAAAACAAUU